ACAUACACACACGCUAUGUCAUCAUCUCCAAAGCUCUCACCGCGACACACUCAGCCAACUCAGCCACAGAGCACCACCCCCACCCACCGCCACCCCAACAUCUCCGCCGCCACCAUGCUCGAACGCUCACUCUCCUCCCGCCGCGGCAACCCUCCCGGCGAAGACGACGACGACGGCGUCACCACCGACGAAUCCAAGACCAAGAAGCACCAGCACCUCCUCUUCCGCAACUACCUCUCCCGGAUCGCCGCCGCCUCCAGCGGCAGCUACCUUCCCUGUGUCGCCGUCGUCCUCCUUCUCCUCUUGGCCUUGUCGUUCGUUUUCUCAUCUCGUGCGGGUUUCGUCUGCAUCUCGUCGUCAUCUUAUCAGCCUGUUUCUCGUGCUGGAUUCUUCGGCCUCGAUGGCCUUGACUCCGAUUUUGGAGUCCUCGGUGUGCCAUGGUGCAGAUCGAAACAUGGUAAAACUGUAGAAUGGACAUCGAAAGAUCUGCUUAAGGCGUUAGAAGAGUUUGUUCCCAUAUAUGAAACCCGGCCAAUCAAAAACAACAUGUUUGGGAUGGGUUUUGACCACAGCUUUGGGCUUUGGUUUAUUGCACGAUGGCUGAAGCCGGACCUGAUGAUCGAGAGUGGUGCUUUCAAGGGGCAUUCAACUUGGGUUUUGAGGCAGGCCAUGCCUGACACGCAUAUUCUUUCUCUUUCCCCUAGGCAUCCAGAAAAGUAUCUGAAAAAAGGACCUGCCUAUGUAGAUGGUAACUGCACAUAUUAUGCCGGAAAAGACUUUGUGGAUUUUGGAAGUGUUGACUGGCCAACAGUGAUGAAGAAACAUGGGAUUUCAGACCUUAGUCGGGUUCUUAUAUUUUUCGAUGACCAUCAAAAUGAACUGAAAAGAAUUGAACAAGCUUUAAAAGCUGGGUUCCGGCACCUUGUUUUUGAGGAUAACUAUGACACGGGAACUGGUGACCAUUAUUCAUUGAGGCAGAUAUGUGAUCAAUUUUAUAUAAGAGGCGGGGGACACAGUUGCUUUAAAGACAGUGAUGAAGCAAGGAUCAGGUCAAGAAGGAAGCAAUUCUGGGAGAAAGCAGUUGAUAUGGAAGAACUAUGUGGGCCAGGGGAAGCAUGGUGGGGAGUUAGAGGCUUCAUGCGCGAUAACUUCAAUCACAGUAAUAAGCCAAUAACUUAUGCCCAACAUUUCCAGAAUAGCAGGUAUGUUGAAUCUAUUCUUGAUGUGUACUGGGAACUCCCUCCAGUAGCUGGUCCUUCCCUCACUCAUCAAACCAGAUAUGAUCCCGCUCGCACACCAAACCCUAUUGUUGAAGAUGGGAGGUAUGGUUUGUUCCGAAGGCUUGGUUUGGCUGACCUUGACAAUUCUGUAUUUAAUGGAUACACUCAGAUGGUUUAUUUACAGAUAUCUGAACAAUGAUUUAGAGUUGCUUUGACAAGGGUAUGCUGUAGUUGAAGGAAGUUUUGUACCUGUAUUGUGUAUGAGUUGUUGCUUCAGCCUGAUUUGGCUUUAAGAUGUAGUUCUUUUAUUCUUCUUCCACUUUUCCUUUUUGAAAUUCAAGCAAAUCAUCUUAACUCACUGUUCAGUUCUUUCUAAUUUUGGGUAGUUACUUGUUCAUGUAUGGCCAACUUGAUUGCCAACUUCCAUGUAUCAGUAAUCUUUCAUAUUAGUAUUUUUAGUCUCACAAGUUCAGGCUUAUAUUACA